AUGCCCAAGGAAGCACAUGGCUUAUCUUUUCUCAACCUUCAAACUUCAACCAUCAACUUCCAUUAUCCACAUCACCACACUUUCUACUUCAUCAACGUUCCCAAAGACUCGGGAAGUUUCGAACUUUCAGAUUCUAAAAUCACCACCCUUCUUUCACCCUCCAACUUUCAAAUCAUCUCAACAGAUACCAACCACUCAACGCAAACAAACUCAGCCAAAAUGGGAUCUGAAAUCGCCAACCCCAUCCCCGCAUCCAAAUGGGCCGACACAGAAAAGAUCGCACUCCUCGUCUCCGUUAUUAAAACCUUCGGCAGCAAAGUUAAAUGGGCCGAUGUCUCCGUUCCUGCUGGUCGCACCACCCAAUCCUCAGCUAAGAUGUACAGCGAGAUGAUGAAAGCCUCCGCUGCCAUCACCAUGACUGGAGGCGCUGACAUCCUUCCAAGCAAGAAGCGUGGACGCAAGAACGGUGAUGAUGGAUCUACGACCCCUACUGAGAAGAAAAAGCGUGUUCGCAAGCCCAAGAACGUCGCUCGCGCUGCUGCUCCCAGCCCCAAUGAGGGCGAUGAGGAGGAGGACCGUCCGAGCAAGAAGGUCAAGGUCGAGGCUAAAGAGGAGGACGAGGAAGAAGAAGGUAUGAAUGGAGAGACUGAGGACCAGGAGGAUGGUGCAUCUGCUUAA